AUGAAUACGCAAAGUCCUUCUGCACUUCUUUCCUCCUCCGUAGCUUCCCUCCGAUCCUCUCUCACUACCUUGGACAACAGCAUCUCCAUACUUGAUUCCGGAAUAUCAGAUUUCCCACGUUUAAAAUCUGUUCUUAGUACUACUAGGCACUUCGAACUAACCCCCUCCACAACCCUCCACGCAGCCCAGCGUUCCCUAGCCGAAGAACUCGAACCCGCAAUCGAAACCCUCCUUUCCCGCUCUGAAUCCCUAAUCUCCCGCCUCCAACGAAAAGAAGAACAACUAAUCGCCCGCUCCCAACUCCUAUCCGGGCGUCUCGAAUCCUCCACUUCCUCCACUACAAACCCUCCAUCUAAAGCUUCAAAACUAAGUCGCAAGAAGAGUUGGGAAUUGGGGUUGAGUAAAAGUGGGAAUGGAGGAGGAGGAGGAAAUGAGGAAAAGGCUAUGAGGUUGAAGGUUUUGAGGCAGAAGAAGGAGAGAUUGGGUUAUGCGGUUGAGAGGUUGGGGUUGCAGAGUCAGCAGAGACAGAGACAGUUGAGGAUGAGUAUUGCGCCGCCGUCUUUUGAUGAGUGA